AUGUCUGCUACCACCGCCGCACAGCAGGCUAUUCCAAGGGCCCUUCCCAAAUUGUUCCAUCGUUAUGUGGGAGACGCGAGGCUGUUUCAGUGCUUGCAACCAUACGAGAAGUAUUCCGUGGUGGCCUACCUAAACUCCGCCUACAAUGUUGCACCUAUUAUGAAGGGGUCCCUCAGUGUUAUUCCACUUUACGGCAUCUUCAUUGGAAGCCCCCCGGCGGAGAAGGUUGACUUCAACUCCAGUGCCGCUCUCACUGUCACGGGUCUAUUGUGGUUCGUGUAUGUACUUCUUAUUCAUCCACAGAACUCCGGAACCCGUGCACUCUCUGCUUUAAACUUUGGGAUGGCUUGCGUGAAUGGUGUCAAUUGCUACCGCUACUUGAGCUACAAGAGAUCUAAGGCAUUGAAGAUGUAG